UUUUAUGAGAUUGCAAUGCAUUUUGAAGAAGGUGGCGUUUCACGCGACACAGGUAUAUCGAUUGUGUGUGUAGGGUGGCCGGCAUGAGUGAAGGCCGACGAAUAGGACACAAUUUUCGUAACGGCUCUUUGCGAAACUUAAAACUGUUCGAAUAGACUGAACGAUGAGCAUGAGUGUGAGAUGAUGCCAGGCACGUCUCGCCAAUUGGGAACUUCGAACGGUGGCCCUGAGUGGGACACUUUAAUGGAGGUUCACCAUGAACCAAUUGAAAAAAACUAUAAACUGUUGGAAGAAAUUGGCAAAGGACAAUUUGCAAUAGUACGAAAAUGUAUGGAAAUAAAGACUGGAGAGUUUUAUGCUGCCAAAAUUAUGAGAAAAAGACGAGUUGCCAGAGGUGUGGCAGCUGCAGAUAUUGCUCGAGAAGCAGGUUUAUUAGCACGACUAAGACAUCCAAAUAUUGUUUCAUUGCACAAAGUUGUUGAUACAGGCACAACAGUUGUUUUACUUUUAGAAUUAAUUUCAGGAGGAGAACUUUUUCAUUGGGUACCAUCUGGUGAAUUAGAAGCUGCACAUGUGGUUCGUCAAGUUUUAAUGGCACUUAGUCAUUUACAUUCUCAUCAAGUUGCUCAUUUAGAUAUUAAACCUGAAAAUAUCCUUUUAUCAACUCCACCACCAAUGCCAAGUAUAAAAUUAAUAGAUCUAGGACUCUCACAUCGAUUAGUACCUGGAUCUGAACAUAGAGCAUUAUUUGGUACACCUGAGUUUGUUGCUCCUGAAAUUGUAAAUUAUGAACCACUCAGUUUGGGAACUGAUCUUUGGGCAGUAGGUGUUCUGACAUAUAUUCUUUUAAGUGGUGCAUCACCAUUUCUAGGCGAAGAUAAACAAGAAACUUAUGCGAAUGUUGCUGCUUGUCAAUAUCAGUUUGAUAAUGAAUAUUUCAGUACAGUAUCUGAAAUUGCCAAAGAUUUCAUACGAUCCUUGUUGAUCAAGGAUCCAAAAGAAAGAGGAACUGCAGAAUCGUGCCUUAAACAUCCUUGGAUCCUCACGGAGUCGGAAGCCUCUCAAGGUCUUGGUGGAGCAAUGAUUAGUGCUGUUAAACGAGGCUGUGUUGAGGCUGUGUCUCAAUUAUUAUUGCAAGGAGCACCAUUAAAUGUGAAAGAUUCUAAGGAAGAUACGCUUUUACAUAUAGCUUGUGAAGCAGGAGAUGAAGGAAUGGUUACUUUUUUAAUAGAAAAUGGAAUAGACUUGGAUACACCAAAUAAAAAAGGCUUAACACCAUUACAUGUGGCUGCUAGAUAUGGUUUCAUUAAUCUUGUUAGACAUUUGUGCCUUGCUGGUUGUGACGUUGAUAAAACAAAUCGUGGAAUUAGAGCAGAUGUGACAGCAAUCAAAUAUGGACAUCCUGAUAUUGCAUCAUUAUUGGAUAAACUUCGAAAUCCCAUUCAACGUGAAAAUUACAUUAAACAGCUACAGCCAACACAUAGACCAAUAGAUCGUUUACAUAUAAGACUUUUAGGACAUUGUGCAUCAGGAAAAUCAUCUUUAAUAAAUUCUUUAAAAUCGGGUAUUUUUAGUUUCGGAUUUUUUAGAAGAUCAAGAAGUCAGAAUUAUACUGCAAAGAGAGAACCAAGUAUUGAAUUAGAUGUAACUAGUAAACAUGGUUCACUUAGUUUCGAAUAUAGUGACAGUGAAUAUGAAGGUACACAAGGAGUAGAAUGGAGUCGCGGUAAUNNAGGUGGAGAAUGUAUUUUUUGGGAAUUGUGCGGUCGCGAAGAAUUUUUAGCAUCUUAUCAUUAUGUACUUACUUUUCAACAACCUGCUGUACAUCUUAUUACAGUUAGUCUGAGAGAACCACUUACUGUACAACUUCAGCAAGUAAAAUUUUGGUUACGAUUUAUUUCAGAUCGUAUUGCAUCAACUAAUUUUGGUUUUGGUGGUAAAUAUAAUGAUUUAAAAGUAAUUUUGGUUGGUACUUAUGCUCCAGAACCUCUUGCCCCAAAUUCAAAUAGUGGUAGUCUACUUGCCCCACUAUUACCUUUUUUAAAAGAGUUCACUCCAAUUUUGGGAGAUGAACCACAAAUGGUCGCAGUGGAUGCAACUAAUCCUUCUAGUCCUGGUCUGAAACUUCUAAGAUCUUACUUGAAUAAUGCAAGGAUGGAAUUUUUAGAGGAAGGACCGGAAGUUGCAGAAAGUAUUCUCCGACGUGACACGCCGCGGGCUGCGGCCUCGUACGUGCCCUUGACGAAUCUUGAUAAACAGAGUGCACUAGUAUGGACUGGUCUUGCAGAAUCUUGGAGAUCGUAUGUGCAAUCUUUAGAAGUACCUCCAGUUAUGCUCACACAGGAGGAAUUUUUGAAGGAAGUAAGAAAAAUUAAUCCAUUAGUUUCUUUAGAGCAUUGUAGACAUCUUGGAUUACAGUUACAGAAUUUAGGGGAAUGUAUGCUUCUUCCUGGGAAUUUAAUAGUUUUAAGUCCAGAAUGGUUUUGGCAGGAUGUAAUAAAUUGGCAAUUAAGUUUAGAACAACGAGGACGUCUAGGUGGUCGUACUACAGGUGUUUAUGCUUUAGAAGAUUUUCAGGCUCGUUGUCCUUGUCCUGCAGGACAAGCUUUGCAAGCUUUACAAGCUGUAAAUUUAUGUGUACCAUGUGAAGUAGAUGAUGAUGAAGUAGAAUAUGAAAUACCAUGUUUGAAUCUUGUUGAGCGUUUACCAGGAUUAUGGGAACCAUGGAAACCAUGUUCUAAUGUUUUGCCUCAUACUGGUCUUCGUCUUUGUCCAUCUGAAGCACCAUUAUAUCAUUUAAUUGCAGUAUUUCCACAUUUACAAGCACAAUUAAGAAAAAUUACUCAAACAUGGGAUCCAUCAAAUUCAGAUUUAUAUCAAUGGUGGAGAGGAUCAAAAUUAUGUAUCGGUCCUUGUGAAAGUAUUAUUACUUUUGAAGAAGAAGAACAGAGUUGUAUAGAGAUAAGAGUACGUGGACCGCGAGGUACCAGUGCUCAGUGUUUUGCUCUUUUCAGUAUUAUUCUCGAUGCUAUUGAAACGACAAUUGAAUUAGUUGCUCCUGGCAUGUUACUUGAAAGAUACUGGCUAAGUCCUAGUCAACUUCGCGAAUAUGAUGAGAUAAUAUAUUCUUGGGAGCCAACAUCAAUUAUAUCGGCUUUAAUUGAUAAAGGUCUUGAAGAAGCAACUCUUAAAAAUCCUUUAAAUAGUCGAGAAGAAAGUAUAUGGGAAAUAGUAGGUUGUGGAUUACCUUUAAUAGAAAAUUGUCUUCCUGGACCAAAACAACCAAUAAAACAAAUUAAAGCUGCUGUGCAAAGAAGAUUAGCUCAGAUGCUCGAUCCUCCUGAUCGUCAUGGAAGAGAUUGGUGUUUACUUGCUGUAAGAUUAGGUUUGGGAGAUCGAGUUGCUCAGCUAGAUAGUACAGUAGACAGUCCAACAUUGAGAUUAAUUAACACGGCUGGUGCUGAUUGCACUGUAGGAUCUUUAAUACAACAAUUACGAGCUCUUGAUCGAGAAGAUGCUGUACAUUUAUUACUCUCUUAUACACCAACAUAUAUAUUAUCAACAACUACUGACUCUGAGACAGGAUCUAAUCUUUCUAGAUGACAAUGUUGCAUUUAUCAAUGGUGCAUUAAUACUUUCUGAGAUAUGAAUUUCUGAAAGAAACUUUCAUUCUUGUUAUGGGUUUAAUAGACUUAUUACGUCACCGCUUCCGCCCAACGUAAAUUGUGCAUUGCUCUUAAGUACAUAAUUAUAAUAUAUUGUUUGUGUACUUAUUUAGAGAUAUAUUGAAAUGCACAUGCACUGAUGUGUACUUUUAUAUCAAAAUAUUAGAGCACACUUUAAGCGGCACAAAAAGAGUUCUUUUAAUAUAUUCCUUUUAAUAUAUACAUAUACACUUAUAUAUAGUUAAAAAGUUGCAUAAUUUACAUUUCUGUAUUUUUUUUAUGAACUUUUAUGAUUCUGGAAAUAUAUCAUAAUUUAAGUAUAAUUGUUAGUAUAAAAAAAAUAUUUAUAAUUCUGUUUUUGUUAUAUUUGAAAAUAUUUACUUAACAAAAAUCUACGUAAACAAAGUACUAAUUUUUAAUAUUUAGAAUUAAUAUUUAGAAUUUUUUCUUAAUUGUGAAAUAUUUAUAAGCAUUUGUAUUGUGAUAUUAUAUUGUAUGAUUAACUACAUUUUUAAUCAAGUUUCUUAAGUAAAUUUAUAUGUAUUAGACAAAAUAAUUCUAAAUAAUGUGUAUGCACGCGUAAAUCAUAAAACACGUUUACACACUAUAAUACAAUAUUAUCGUAUUUGAUACUAAUAUUGUUUUGAAAGCUUUUCUUGAUAUGCAUAUAUAUUAUAUCUUGCCAAAACUCAGUGUUAAUAUACGCUGCUUUCUAUGAUAUUUAGGAACUAUUUAUGCGAAAAAAGGAGUGAAACACUUCGCACAAUUCUUUGCUUUUGGUAUAUUUACGAAAGUUCCAUUCUUAUAUCGACAUUUUUUACUAAAUCAACAUUCCUAAAAUAUUUAUUAUGUGCCAUAAACAAAACUUGCUCAUCUAUACUUAUCAAAAGGUGAAAAUGUUUCUUUAAAAAUUGAUCCUUCUUUCGCUGCGUGAAAAUAAUUUUUUCGUAACGAUAUUUAAAUUAUGAAGGAUCACUGUUCAAAACAAUCUCAAAUAGUGACAAUGAAUUUUGAAUAAUGAUAAUAAUUGAAUAAGAUUAUUUGUAUUUUAUAGGCACAAUAAUAUUUCACAAGAUAUACUAUUCAUGUACAACGCGCAUGAAUGUAUAUUAUUAAAAAUAUUAUUAAAAAUAAGUCAAAUUUGUUGUUCAUAGAAAACAAUUCUUUGAACAUAUCUAUUAUGUAUUAACUUUAUCCAGUGGUCACUGCUUAUGUAUAGUCUGUUAAGUAGAAGAUGAUUUGUAUUCUUAUCUAACAUAAAUAAUGUUUGAUACAAAUCUUAAAUGUAUGGAAAUAAUUGAAUAUGACACGUGUAAAAUGUAAAAAUAUCACAAAAGUAAUAUCUCUAAUUCAUAUCUUAAAAAUUAGUUCUCAUUUGUAAAUUAUAUCUAAGAUAUUUUGGUUAUCUCUGUGUUCUAUUUUUAUGCAUUUAUUAUAUGAUGAAAAUUUAAUAUAAUGUUAUACAAUUA